AUGUUUGGCAGUGCGAAGGUCGGCAAGUGCAGCCUCAGAUCUGAAGAGCAUUGCGUGCGUGGACGGCAGAUCCAUAGGUCACUCACGACUGUUAUGAUAUCCCGCGAUUAUGGCGUUCUGCUGGAAGAAGAGGGCGUUGCACAGCGUGCUGCCUUCAUCAUCGAUCCCAAAGGCCGUGUCCGCAACAUAACUGUUAACGAUGCAGACAUUGGCCGUAGCGUCGAUGAAAGUCUUCGCGUGCCGGAGGCACUCGCCUUCAAAGAUGAAAUCGGCGAGGUAUGCCCCGUGGACUGGAAGAAGGGCGACAAAGGGCUCGAUCAUUCUGCUGAUACCACAGUUGAGGGCCCGGUAGAGGUGCCACGGUGUUCAUGGGGUUCGGCGACGCCAACUGUGCGUUCAGUCUCAGAGUGGGCUCGUCCAAAGCUGCAAAGAGCAUGGCCCGCGACUAGUAAGGCGUCGAUUGCGUGUCCCAUACAGCUGGCACAUCCGGCCAGUUCGGACGAGACAGGCGAUCGUGGUAUUUCCAGUGUCAGGAGUGGUCGCCACAGUCCAUUGGUGAUCCCGGGCAAGAAGAUCGAGGGCGAGAGCACAUUCCAGGAUCAACUGGACAAGGCCUUGUCUGCGCAGAAGAGUAUAUCGGCGGCCAUAGAAAAUAUGCAGGCCGCGAUGCGUACCCAGCCGAUUAAGGUCGCCAAUUGGCCACCGUAG